CUCUGCUGUCACAUAUAAGCACAGGAAAUGCCGCCUUCGGUCCAACUUCCGCCUUCUGAAGCUGGGGGUUAUCGUAGAGAUAGAAAAAGGUAAGAGUUGCACACUACCCUUAUCGUAACUUCUGAUUUAGGAUCGAAUUCUUGUCGCUACUGCAAGAUAGAGAUUCACCCCGAAGAUGUCAAAACAACUGUCAUUAUGCAUUUGUAGAGAAUCAUCAUCAAAGGAUAUUUAUGCUAAUAUACAUUUAUAAGUUUAUACAUUUAUAGUAUAAGUUUACUGUAACUCUUUUCAUAUCUCUAGAUCUAGGGGGACGAUAGAGUAGAGAAAAGAAUUGUUUCCGGUCAAAAGAACCAUAGAGAAAAGCAAGGCAAGAGAGGCGCUACCCGGAGGUGAGGUCUUUAAUGCGUGGAGAGCGUGUUCCACUCUGCGGGUGUUGUUCCUUUAUGCCGGGCGUGUGGAAGGGGGCACGAAGGAAAGGACCUUCUUGAUGCUAUGGGGGCGAUUAAGUGCUGCAAGAGAAAAGGGCGGCGGGUUCAGACGAUUCUCCUUUCGAGACAGGAAAUUGAGCCUGAGACCCUGCAUCAUUUCAGCCGGGAGUCAGUUCCAUUGGACUCAAUGGGACUUAACCCCAUAGAGAGGUUUCCUCCUCAGCAUCGUACCCUUUUUAAAAGUGUGGAGAAAAGUAUUAUAAAUUUUCCUAUCUCUAGUCGUGGUAGGCAGAUGUUUCCAGAGCAGCAACCAACAUUUGGGCUGUGGCUGACUUUCCAAAAAACACACACACACAAGUAAUGAAAUUGUUCAGAGAGCAUCAGUUCAGUUUCUAAUUUCCACAAAUGUUAUUGGAAAUAAACAUCAAGCUCCACAGAGCAGACAAAAUGCUAACUCACAAACAGAAGAAAUUCAAAGUGAAUAUGAGCGGCAAAACAUGAUUGAUCUACUAUUUGGCGCCCAUGUAUUUGGCGUGGUGACUAGUUGCUGAGUUAUGUUUCUCAAAUAACUAUCUUUCUGGGCCACACAACAAGCUACUUUUGAGUGAGCUUUCAAAAUUUGAUUGUGGUGGCAUGGGGAGGGGGUCUGCCCAAGAAAUCAAAACCUUCAUUGGGCAUGCCUAAGCAUUUGAGCUAGAAAAGGGCAGUCCAAAUUGAGCAACUUCCCUAUGAUAAAAAGCUACAAUGGUGGGGGUGGGACGUUAGUUCAGGAAAAAAACAGGUAAAGGGGAACAUGUUAUAUAAAAUUAUGCAUGAUGUGGAGAAAGCAGAUAGAAUUCCUGGUUAAGAAGACUCCUUCCCCAUUCAGUUCAAUUCAAAGUAUAAAGUGUUUAUUGUGUUUAAGAUAAGCAUAAACACCCUAGCUACAUAAACUUUUAAGAGAUGCUGGUACAUCAUGAACUAUUCUACUAUACAGUCAAAUCUCGGUUCCCAAACACCUCCGUUACCAUACGUUUCAGCUUCCAAAUGCUGAAAACCUGAAAGUAAAUGCUCCGGUUUUCGAACGUUUUUCGGAACCCAAACGUCUGACACGGCUUCCGCUCGAGUGCAAGAAGCUCUUGCAACCAAUCGGAAGCCACACGUCGGUUAUCGAACUUUUUGGAAGUUGAACGAUCUUCCAGAAUGGAUUAUGUUCGACAACCAAGGUUUGACUAAUUAGAAGUAAAACUUUACCGUGCUAGCUCUGUCUCCGCCACUUCCCACAAUGUGGAAUGAAAACAUACACCAUCAUGUAACAUAAAACAAUCCCAUGACUGCAAGCAUAGAGCAAGAAUCCUAACAAGCUCAGCAUGCUAUACAGAACCACACAGCAUGUAACCUUCAGCUUCUCUGCUGGUACCUUGCACUGAGCAAAGCCUCUUCUCAGUGAAUACCUCAUACUCCUGCCAAUGCUGCUGCAGCCUUGGCUUUAUACCCAUCUUUGCACAUACACACAUUAGAGAAAGAGAAGAUGAACGAGUGACGCUCCAGGCAUUUAGCCUUCGACUAUUUUAAGCCACCCAGUGAAGCCGGUGUGCUAACUUAACAGAAUGGGGAAUGGGCUGCUGAAGACACGGCCCAAGCACAGAGUGCAAUUUCACCAAUUUUUCCAGAUUACACCAACAAAAGCAAGCUAGGGAAUAUCCAGUUUUCUUUACACAAGCCAAAAUGGCGGCAGCCUUGCUUUGCAAUCUUUCAAACUACUAUAGAGAAGGAAGCUGAAUUCGUGAGUAUGUAUGCAUAAUUACUUGUAUUCUGGUUUUCCAGUGGGGAGGGAUCUGCCAGGGUAUUUAUUUUGCUAAAAUAAGGUAGCAUGAAAGAGGCUACAGCAGGUGUGGUGAGACUUUGGCUCUCCAGAUGUUGCUGAACUCCAACUCCCAUCAGCCCCAGCAAGCAUAGCCAAUGGCCAGGGAAGGUGUUGUAGUUCAGCAACAUCUGGAGGGUCAAAGUUCCCCACACCUGGGUUAAAGAGAAUUUGUCAAUAAAGCUUGUCUUCUGGAAGAAGUAAUUAGGUAACCAAUAUAAUUGCCACCCAUAACUUCAUAAUUAAUUUGUUGGUUUUUUCUCUUCCUCUCCAUGUGUUGUUAUGGUGUUUAGAAGAAAUGCUGCUGUGAAUGGCUCUUUAGCACUGGAGUUAUUUCCCCACCCACAACAAUGCCCUUUUCUGACUUUGUCUCGGCCCUGAAGGACAAUCCAUACUUCGGAGCAGGCUUUGGCCUGGUGGGUGUAGGUACAGCCUUGGCCCUGGCCCGUAAAGGGGCACAGCUUGGCUUGGUGGCUUUCAGGCGGCAUUGUAUGAUCACCCUAGAGGUGCCAAGCAAGGACAAGAGUUACCACUGGCUGCUGAGCUGGAUCUCUCACCAUGCAAAGCACACCCAGCACCUGAGCGUGGAGACCUCAUACCUGCAGCAUGAGAGUGGCCGUAUCAGUACCAAGUUUGACUUUAUCCCCAGCCCUGGGAACCAUUUCAUUUGGUAAGUGAGGCCAUGGAAUGUCUUUGGGAUGGGCAGAAGUAUUGCAAGGCUAAUAACGAAGUGGUGGUCAUGAAUAUUGCAUGCUUGCUCGUCCAGUUGUCUCCCCACCACCAGUUCCUGUUCACAUGUUCCCUGCUUCUUCCAGGUAUAAAAGGAAGUGGAUCCGCAUAGAACGGAACCGGGAGAAACAAAUGAUUGACCUGCAUACGGGCACCCCCUGGGAAUCUGUCACCUUCACAGCAAUCGGUAGCAACCGAGAAGUUUUCUUCAACAUCCUGCAGGAAGGUACAAUAGCACUCCUUGGUUGUAGGCUGGCAAGGGUGGGUAAUACAUUUAAUGAUGAUGUUGGCGCUAGGGAUGAAUAGAUCAGUCUAUUUCUGGGCCCAGGUUUGUUUUACAUGUGUUCUUUAGUAAGUCCAUUCCAUCCUGUUUCUGCAUUAAUCUGCAAUUUAAAGAAAUAAAUAUGCAAAAAAUCAUGUUUAAAUACAUACCUAAAUAUAUUUUUAUGAAGUAGCUACGAUUGUAGCUCAUGGUAUGGAUUUCUAAAUGUAUUUUAUUCCAAAUUAUGCAUUUUGCAUGCCUUUGGGCAUUUUUUGAACCGAAAACUGUAUUUCAAAAUUUAGAGAAGGCCAAAGUCUGAUGGCUAGUUAUGUUCUGUUCUGCACCUGAUUCCAGGAGGUACAAAUUAUAUCACUCUGCAUCAGAAUUCACAGAACUCCAGUUCCUUAAGUACCCCUACUUAGAGCUGGGGCUACCCUCCAAAUUGACACAUUCUCUUUGGUGAUGCUUCCUUGCUUCUUUGUUAUAUUUAGCAGACAGGCGAUUUCCCUCUUCCUCCUUCCCAUCUGUAUCCAGAUGUGCAGUUAGCUGCCUUUCCUCAGCUUUGUUCCUUUCUCUGCAGCCAAAGAAUUGGCUCUGAGGCAGCAAGAAGGAAAGACAGUCAUGUACACAGCCAUGGGGGCUGAAUGGCGGCCAUUUGGUUUCCCACGACGUCGGCGUCCACUCACCUCUGUAGUGCUCGAGAAGGGAGUGUCCGAGAGAAUUGUGCAGGAUGUGAAAGAGUUCACUGGUAACCCCAAGUGGUACAUUGAUCGAGGUGAGUUUACUUUUCAGGGAGUGACAUUCAGAUACCCUCACAACCUGAGCUUUUCCUUUAUGAGCUAAAUUAAGACACAUGGGAUGCCACUGACGGAGCCAGCAUAUCCCAUUUUUUUGCCCAGAUUAUCAUUCUCAAUGCCCUGUGCUAUUGUGCCCAAAGGCAUCUCUGCUGCCUUCUGCAUCCCUGUCAUUUCCAACCUGCCUGUGCCUUCUUCCUUCUUUGGACUCCCAACUGUGAUGAUGCCUCUCUCUUCUUAUGAGUGCAGCGGGAAGCCUCUUCUAACCUCAUUGCAGUCUCUACAACAGCCCCUGCAUAGUCCCAGUCCUUGAGAAUUAGAAACUACCCCUUACUUUCAUACGAGAGAGACUGUCCUGGCUAGUCUCUGCAUAGCCAAGUACUGAUAAACCAAAUGUUUACUAAGUUUCUCGCAUUUGCCACAAUACUUUGUAUCAACUCUUUGCCGAGUGGGUUAAAGUAGUGCUUUUGUUCAGGAUGCCCUAAACCUUUAGGGUGGCAGGAAAUUGGGUACUCUGUCAGGGCCCUGUGCAAUAUAUUUCUUUCUCAGCAACUGGAAUUGGCCACUAUGGAGUGAGCUCAAGGCAUCAUCAAUCAGCUCAUUCUUAUUCUAGGGUGUGAUGAUGGUAGCUCAGAUUUCAUAAGAAGUUGGAAUAGGCUGCGUUUUCUGCCUUUUGACUAGCCUCUUUGUCUGUAGGAAUCCCCUAUCGGAGAGGAUACCUGCUGUAUGGGCCCCCAGGUUGUGGAAAGAGCAGUUUCAUGUGAGUACCAUGUCCUCAGCUUUCCUUCCAAAAAAAACCCCUUUUCUCAAAGGAGAUGACCAUGGAUACAAUCUCUGAGGGUACCUCCCUGGGCACCUUGUGUAGCUCCUGGUCAGGAAUCACUCCCCUCCAGCUUACCCUGUUUAUCUUUGCACAAGGUUUUGUCAUAGUUUUCUUCAGCGGAAGCAUUGUCCUCUGUCUAUCACAGCACAGCCCUUGCUGGAGAACUUCAGUACAGCAUCUGUCUCCUGAGCCUGAGCGACCGCAGCCUCUCUGAUGAUCGUCUUAACCACCUCCUGAGCGUAGCUCCUCAACAGAGCAUCAUCCUCCUGGAAGACGUGGACGCUGCUUUCGUCAGCCGGGAUCUUGCUGCCGAAAGUGAGUGACAGGCAGAUGGCGCCUCCCCACUCUUUUGUUCCAGGCUGCCCUUUUCUGCUGCCUCUGACUGAGCUGGGACCAAGCAUUCAUCACCCCUGUGUUGUAACUCUGUGGAGGCAUCCUGAUUAAGUGCUGCACCACAGCAACUUUCCCAAGCUAACUGUUCAUUUAGAGUGGGGGGAAUGAGAGCUGAAUAGUAGCUCCUUCCUCCAAGCUGCACUUUGCAAUGGGAUUCGGGUUGGUGACCUGGUGCUGACAAAGAGGGGUCAAUAACUCAGGACACCAAUGUCUUUUGGAAAAUGUCUUCCCUUACGAACCUACCCAGACCCUUCGAUUUUUUAUCCCCCUACUAAUGCCCACUCUGAGGGAGAUCUUGAGUGUGGUGACAAGGAAGAGAGCGUUCCAGUCAGGGCUCCCCACUUGUGGAAUGCUCUUCACCGUGAGGUCCUCCUGGGGCCAUCAUUAAAAUUCUUUUGGCACCAGGUAAAAACUUAACUCAGGCAUUUUACAGAUGGUGAUGAUUUGCUGGAUGAUAUGCUUUGCUGCCAAGUUUUUCCCCCUACUGCUUUACUGUGUCUGUUCUCUGGAUUUUUGUACAGUUUCUUUUUAAUUGUAAUGUAUUGCUCUCUUUUCUUCUUAUUGAGUAUUUUUUUUGUUUUUGCUUUAUUUCUUCAAAAUUUUGUGAGUUACUUCGAUACUUUUUACGUAGCAAGCUACCAAUAGAUUGAAUAAAUAUAAUGAUAAAUAAUUAUAUGCAGGCUUUAAUGUGACACCUAUUCCAAAUCAAUUAUCCAUAUACAAAGAGAGACUUGAAGCAAGACAGGCGCUUGGGGACAAGUUUACAGCUUUUGCACUGUGGAAGAGAUUCGCCAGCAGAGAUCCUAGAGGCACUUCUUUUUGCCAGCCUUCUUUUGACAUAGGCUCCUGACUGUUUAUUGUCCUGCUUUCUAUCGACUUGCAUUUUGCCACCAGGUGGCAUGAUUUUCUCUGACCCCUUCAUGUAUCUAUUUGGACAGCAGUGUGUCAGGAACAUUUCGCAAGCCACUGCACAUCAGGCAGGGAGCAUAAAGCUGGUACUACUGUAACAUAAGACCACAACAGUGGGAUUGUUGCCCUUCCCCUGGAAGGCUAUAAACCUAGACAGAAUUUGGACAGCCCUUGGUCACAACUGUACCUAUAGUGUCUCCCUCUGAGCUGUCUCUGUGCCGCUGUGUUUCCCUCCAGACCCCAGCGCAUACCAAGGCAUGGGACGCCUGACUUUCAGUGGCCUUCUCAACGCGUUGGAUGGUGUGGCUUCCUCCGAAGCAAGGAUCGUGUUCAUGACCACCAAUUAUGUGGACAGGUCAGAAGCAUUGCACAGAAAAUGGGGGCAGAUAGAGAGGUUGUUAGCUGCAGAAGAUAACCUUUUGCUUGGGAAGGAUCAUUUAAUGGCACCCAAGGAAGGUAGUGGCUGAUAGGCUGGAGUCUACAGUGGUUUAGGAUUCUACAUUCCUCCAGCAACUAAAUCAAAACUGUUGUAACAGAAGUAGGAAGGGGAAAGGGGGAGGGGAAGGAGACAAUGUAGCAACAACUGACAGUCCCAUAGAGAAAUUCCUUCAUCACCUUCAUCAACAUCACUCCCAAUGAAGUCCCACACUGGUGACGCAUUGAAACCACCGGCCGGCAUGUGGUGAGGACACUAACACCAUGAUAACCUCGCCCAACCCAUUCCACGCAACCCUCGCAUAUUUGGUGCCAAAGCAUGCCAUGAGAAGAAGCUAGGGAUCCCCUGAGGCAGGUUUUUUAAUCCCUUGGUAGCCCAAACACAGACAGGAGCAGGACUGUUGUUUUGCCAGGGAAACAGCUACACACACACACACACACAGGAAGGGCCAGUAUUCCAGCAAAUUAGCCUACUUCACUGCUCAGUGGCUGGGAGGAAGCCUGCAAAUGGAGUCCCUUUGGUGGUAGGCCACUUCAAUCCAAAGGGUUCACUUCCCUUGGUGGGACCAAGGAUUCCUCAAGUAACACAGUGCCUAAGACGUCUCCAUUGGUGUUUUUGAGGUGAAGACAAGCUAGGGGUGGAGGAGAGUUUUGUUUUGUCUGCAUUUUCAAGCAAGCUAGCCAAAUUUGUACCUUCCAAACGAAUUCACAAUUAUCCUUCAGCUUCCCCACUCCUCCAAAUUUUGCAAUAUAGUCCUUGGCUCCCAAAAUGCAUUAAGAUUUGUUUUUUAAGGAGGAAAUGCAUUUAGAGAUGCAUGCCCUGUUAAAUAUUUAAAUAUGCAUUUAUGAUAAAUUGCAUUUUUAAAUACGAAUUUUUGUAUGGAUUUUUAAAAUUAAAAAAAUACAGAUUUUAAAGUGGAAAAGCAACAGAGCAGACUUAACACCUGUAACACUUUGGACAUGGACCCCAAAUAAACUGAUCCGUUCAUCCCUAGCUCAUACAAAGCAACUCCAUGAGCUUCCUUGUAACUCAGUCAAGAAGGAGAUUGCAGUGAGUAACAGAGGAGGGCAGUUUGUGUCCCACCCCUUGGAAGUGCUGUCUUUAUGAGGCAAAGUCUACCUUUCUGGAGACCAGCUGGUAACUAUUUUAAGUACAAAAAGGAGGAACGCAGCAGGAAUGAAGACACACUUCCUGUUCCAGAAGAUGAUACUAUAGGAGAAGACGGAAGAGAAUCUUAUCUUGGGGCUUUUGUAGUCUCCAAGACCUGUGACACAUCCUCUCCCACAAGCACAGGACUCUGCCAGCCAUGUAGCCUGGUGCUGAAGGAGUCAUGUGCAGGGUAGAAGAGCAAAUGCUCAGCAGACAGGGUCAGCCAGUUAAAACUUAAUUUGGGUAAGGCUGGGGUCAUGCUUGCUAGGGAGUGGUCUGGGGUAUAUAUACAUAUGGACUUCUGCCUCCUUUGGUCAUGCUGGUUUGCAGCAUUUAACACAGAAGCUGAAGAUUUGGUUCUGUCCUUGUUUACUGUUCCUGGUUCCAUGCAGGCUCCUCUGAGAUUGUAGGAGGGGAUGGGUAACUUGGCAGGGACACAGCAGAUAUGGAGAGAGAGGAGCAUGAUGGGUGAGUGCAGCAAGACGUGGGUGGAGUUAAAUUACAAGGCACUGUUACUUUAUAUUCUUUUAGAGAGUAGCUCCAAGAAAAUAAAGGGGAGAGCAGAUUCCCCUAGCCCUGUAUCUUCUUGGGGUUGGAGAGAGAACAAGGAGAUGAUACCCCAAGUGAGAGUAGCAUAGAGAACCAUAUUUCCCACCUGAGCAUUUGCUGAGCCUCAUUUGUCUUCUCCUCUUUCCCUGCAGGCUCGAUCCAGCCCUAGUUCGCCCUGGCCGGGUGGACCUGAAGCAGUACGUGGGGUACUGCUCAGAGUGGCAGCUCGGGCGCAUGUUCCAGAGGUUCUACCCAGACCAGCCAGCAGCUGCGGCCGAGGAGUUUGCCAAACAGGCCGUGUCUGCCUCUGAUCGGAUCAGUGCCGCGCAAGUCCAAGGCCACUUCAUGCUAUACAAGGCGGAUCCGGACGCAGCCCUUAAGAACGUGCAAGCUCUUAUAUCCUGACGUUGAACAAACCCCGAGACUGCUUUGCAUAUGGCUUCCCCAGGAAAAGGGUUGUUUGCAUGCAUGGAUUUGUUUAGGCGGGAUGAGAUAAUCAUGAGGAUGAUCCCAUCCACAUGUCCACCUCAGUGAGGCCACCUUUUUGUAAAGAAAAUAAAGAGCAACCCAACAUAACUCCUACAAUGCAACUCUUGAAAAUGAAUAAAUGUGAAGCUCAGGUGUUGUGGAACUUAUGUCCUCCAGAUGGCAAAUGUUAACACCUGAGGAGAGGCCCAAAAGGUGUCAUAACUAGGCGGAGGGGACAGACACACACAAACACAACACACGCAAGGUGAUUUCAGGGUGUAUGUCUGCUGUUUAUGAACUCCUAGUUACUCAGUGGCAUGAUCUAGAGCAGAUUCCACACCAAAGCCCUAAUCCUGUUACUGCCAGAAUCAUUUGGUGCGAGGGAAAGGCAGUGGAGGUUCAAUGGUGAGAGCAGCCAACCCUGUGACAUGUUCUCUUCACACAGGUAGACACUUGACUGCACUGUGAAGAAAAGGGCUUGUUUAAUUAUACCCUUUAAAGAUAGAAUCUGUCUGCUGGCCUUACAAUCAAGACUUUUGCCAUUUAAAAUAUGUAUUUGCCAAUAGGUAAAUGUUGUGCGUGCCUGGCCUUGUUUCACUUUCAGGCUAAGGCAAAGUCUCGUGAGCUGAAGUGGUUUUUACCGACCAUCGCAAAAGUAUCUGGCUCUUUCACACUGACCACGCUCCUCUUUUGUAAUGGGUACGCAUCGGAAUAUCACAUCAUAACUGACCAGGUAGCCAUCAUUGUACAUGUAUAGCUUGUGGUCAUUGGGGUUGUAGCUUAUGCUUUGCAGUGUGCCUGUGAGCUUUUCCAGGAUGAUGUCCAUAGAGCCUUCUGUGGCUGUGUUAGUGUCAUAUUUGUAAAAGAUCUUCUCAUUGUGUUCACUCACCCGCAUCAAGGCAUACAUCACCCCACAGAUCAUGAAGGUGCUGGUUGUACAGUGAGGUUUGCCAUGACUUGACUAUUGUCAGAGUAUUGGGAUCCAGCUGCCCAAUCAUUAUUUUCCCCUUGUUUUUUGUCGUGGAGUAAAUGAGCCACAGUCCAUUCUCAUCCCCGGAGAAAUCAAAGUCCUGCCAAUUGAUUCCGCUAUAAGAGUACCAGUUGUUGAACACAGCGUCUUCGACAGCCUUGCGGUGGACCUUACUGGUUGCCACAUCCAGCUUGCACAGGUUCCUGGAGUUGUAGCAGUUGUAAUAGAAGCUGCCGUUGUACAAAAUAGUUCCGCUUCCCUGCCCGCAGUUGAUGUAGUUCCAGGUGAACCCAACAAAUUGAGAAAGGUUUUUCUCUAUUUGGUUUUUGUAGAGCAUCAGGUCGGAAUAGUUGUAGAUGCGGUAGGUUUCCAACAAACGCUCGUCUGUGUUGAGCGGGGCAACCCAGUAUGCGUCUGGAUUCUUGUUUCCAACAGCAAAGUCCUUUCCCCAAGCUCCGAAUUUGCAGCUUAAACCUCGCCAGUUGAGUUUCACUAUAAGUGGCUUGCUAACGUUUAUCAACACCUUGUUGUCACAGUUACCUGCCAGGGAAUAGAAAGGGAAUUACUUUUGUUUGUGGCUCCUCUUGACAAGUUUUUCUCCGCCUUCAAACUGCUCUGAGGGGUUUUUUUGUGUUUUUUUAACAAUCAAGAGGUGCAUAAAUUUUACAAGAUAAGUAACUAAAUCAUCUUUGUUUUCUGUGACCAUGUUAGGCAUUCUGCUGGUUUCAAAAGCUCUGCCAAGUUUUAUCCCACUGCAUUUAGAAAACGGGUCAGGCAGCCAACCCAGACUCCUCUGCCCUGCUGUGUUUUCUCUGCAUAAUGCUUCCCAAUUCCUCCUCUGUACUGUCAUUGAUCAGCUGCUCAUUACAUGUUUGCCUUCCAAAAUUCUCACUAAAGCAGGUGGUCAUCAUCCCUUUUGGGAUCAUUUGCAAACCUGAGAACUGCUGUGAGCACUAAGGACAAGCACAUGCUACAUUCUAUUAGUAAGUGCAACAGAAUGCUUCUUUCAAGUCUAAUGUCAAAUGGCAGGGGGACCCUGUGGCACCAGAAGGGCUCUGCAGGCCUCUUUAUAAUAUAAAGAACUAUUAAGUGGGAGGUAAUCCAGUAAUUAUUAGGAAAUUCCUUUUACCCUGAUCUCUACCGGUACAGGCUGAGAACUGAUCUAGUGAAAGAGCUCAAGGCUUAAAUGACCAUAAAAUUUUCCUGGGUCAGGUGGUGCCUCAAAUAGCUCGCUGAGGAUGUGCCAGUUAUGAGAAGAAGCUGGGUUAAGUUUGUGGGGUGUCCAGACUGAAGCAAGCCUUCUCAGUGGUGGCUCCCUGUUUGUAGAGUGCUUUCCCCAGGUUUCGUUAUCUGCUUUUAGGUCCCAGGCAAAAACAUUUUUUUAAUUCUCCUAGGCUUUUGGCCCUUCAUUUGGGAGAGUACUUAACUAUGUUUGUGGUGUCUUCUUCCACUCACAUUUUUAGUGGGGCAUAUUGACUUGGAUCUGCUCUUUUAUAUACACUGAGCAUUUUAUGCCGUGAUGUUAUUCUUUUUCUUAGAUUAGUUUUUAAUGGUGGUUUUUACAGCGCAAGCUGCUUUCAGUCACUUUUGUGAAAAAAGCAACAAAUAAAUAUUAAUACUGGUGAC